UAUAUACAUUUGGCUUCCGCAACAUUUUGAUAAUAUUACCUUUACUCGUUUAUGUGCUUUAGGAAGACUUCUUUGCUGUUGUGGAUUGGGCAGGAAAGAUUGAUCCUAUGUGCUGCAUAUCAAUGCAUGGAAUCACAGAACGUUAUAUUCCUGGUCAGAAGGCUGAUGCUGCAGGAUUUGUGCGCAUCUUGCUUGAUGACUUGGAAUCAAGAAUUUCAAUGCAGUUCAGCCGUUUUGUUGAUGAAACAUGUCAUCAAAUUGAAAGAAAUGAGCGAAAUGUUCGGCAGAUGGGAGUCUUAUCAUUUAUACCGAGAUUUGCUACUCUUGCAACCCGUAUGGAGCAGUACAUUCAAGGACAAUCCAGGGAUUUGGUUGACCAGGCAUAUACGAAGUUUGUAACUAUAAUGUUUGUUACUUUGGACAAAAUUGCUCAAACAGACCUGAAAUAUCAAGACAUCAUGCUUUUAGAAAACUAUGCAGCAUUUCAGAAUAGUCUGUAUGACCUGGCUAAUGUUGUGCCCACCUUAGCAAAAUUCUAUCACCAAGCAAGUGAAUCUUAUGAACAAGCUUGCACACGCCACAUCAACAUGAUUAUUUACUAUCAAUUUGAGCGACUUUUUCAAUUUGCUCGAAGAAUUGAGGAUUUAAUGUACACAAUUACACCGGAAGAGAUUCCAUUCCAGAUCGGAUUGUCAAAAACGGAUCUUAGGAAGGUGGUAAAGUACAGUUUAUCUGGGGUGGAUAAGUCCAUCACUGCAAUGUACAAGAGAUUGCAGAAGAACUUAACCUCAGAGGAGUUGUUGCCUUCUCUAUGGGAUAAAUGCAAGAAAGAGUUCUUGGACAAGUAUGAGAGUUUCGUCCAACUUAUAAAUAAGGUUUACCCCACCGAGACCAUCCCUUCCAUCUCAGAAAUGCGCGGGCUUUUGGCAUCGAUGUAAAGCAGCUCCAGUUUUGAUUCUUUUUCUUCUGGUGGGAGGACAGAGAGUUGUACAGUUGUCUUUGUGGUUAAUAUUCAUUUUAUUCUUUUACAUCAUAAAUUGAUUAAUUCUAAGACUCACAUUUAUCAGAUGAAAACAGGCUGGGUGGAGUAUCUGCUUUAUCAUUC